AUGUCAUCGACCGACCCCGCACGAGCCAAAGACAAUGACUCCGAAGAAGAAGACUACAUGUCAAUGAUAAUUGAUGAGCCCCAAGAAAAAGAGACCUUUUCCCAGAAAAAGCGACGACAACAGCGAGAGGCCGAAGCCCGCGCCCGAGUCCCCUCCAAAGCCGAACGCGCCGCCGAAGAAGCCGCCCGCCGCGACGCCGCCCUCGCAACAAGCACCCUCAACCCAUCCAACAAGGGAUUUCAGAUGAUGGCGAAGCUGGGAUUCAAGCCUGGUCAGGCGCUGGGGAAGCAGCCCACGCCGCAGCCUGCGACGGGGGAAGAAGCGGGUAAGAAGGAGGGUGUGGAACGGGAGGCGCAGAAAUUGGCGGUGCCGCUGGAUUUGAUGAUCAAGGAGGAUCGGGGCGGGAUUGGGCUUGACAGUGAGAAGAAGCGCAAGUUUCGGGAGGAGGCCGCUGAGGUGGCUAAGAAGGUUAAGCAGGAGGAGGGCGAUUAUCGGGAUCGGGUGAGGUUGGAGAGGGAGAUGAGACGCGCCGAGGCGCAGUUUCAUGCUGCGCAGAAGGUGGCGGAACGGUUGGAUGGUGAGGCGGAGGGGGAGGGAGAGGGGCCUGCUGCGGCGCUGGGAAGUGCGGAUGAUGGGGCUCGUUCAGAGCAGCGGGAAGAUGGCGAUGGGGAAAAGGGCGAGACCUCGCCGGACGAGACGGACGCGAAAUCCAAGCCCAAAACACGAGUCAAACCGACGGCGCAGAUCAACGUGCUGUACCGAGGACUCGUACGAGAGCGCGAGGAACGCGAGCGGGCCGUACAGGCUCGACACAUUCUGCAAACGUCGCUACCGUCAUCUUUCUUCCCCAGCUCGCGGUUACCAGGGUAUGAAGAUUCCACGCUGGAGCCGGACGACCACGAGGCACUUGGGAAUACGAAGCCCGAUUUGUCGCGAAUUCUAGAGGAAGAGACUGAGGAGGAAGACCCGGAGCUGGACGAGUUCAAUGCGCUUGAGCCGCCCGAGAAGUUGGCGCGUGUUGUGCAGUAUUUGCGUGAGAAGCACCGGUAUUGUUUCUGGUGCAAGUAUACCUAUGAGACGGAUGAGAUGGAGGGGUGUCCAGGGUUGACUGAGGAGGAGCAUGAUUAA